UCGGUGAAAGAGAGGGAGAGUCUUUACGUUGCCAUCGAGCAUCAGAGGAGAGGGGAUCUAAAGCAAGUCCUGUGUUUGUGUGAGAGAGAGAGAGAGAGAGAGAGACAGAGAGAGAGAGAGAGAGAGAGAGAGAGAGAGAGAGAGAGAGAGAGAGACACAGAGAGAGAGAGAGAGAGAGAGAGAGACAGACAGAGAGAGAGAGAGACAGAGAGAGAGACAGAGGGGAAGGAAACACCACAUAAAGAGACAGAAGAGACCCUUUCCUGGAACUCUCCAGUCCUCUCUGACUGUCGCCGCUCACUGAAGGAGAAAGACAGCAGUGUUUUAAAGAGGAACAUUGUACCUGGUUGUCAUUCUGCUGACGGCUGAGACAAACAGAGAAGAAGAAAUGUCUGGUCAUUUACUAAGGAGAAACUCCAGCAAGGCAGGUCUGCAGAACCUCCUCAGGGUGACGGCCCAGCGCAGUAUUGAGGAUGCUGAGGAGAUAGAGCGGGAACGACGACGGAGGGCCAGGGAGAGACAGGGAGACCAGGUCCCCCACACCCACACUGGCCCAGCCAGCACCACCAGCCCCACACUGGACAAUGGGCUCCAGGAGCUAUAUCCAUUGUGUGAGAGUGAGCUGAAGGCUAGUGGCUGCCAGUUGGCUCUGGAGGAGGACGAGGGCUUCAGUGACUGGACCCAGAGGUUGGAGAAACGCAGACAGCGCCACCUGGAGGAACAGGAGUCCUGGGAGCAGCAUCAGCCCCAGCAGCAGCAGCAUCAACCCCAGCAGCAGCAUCAGCCCCAGCAGCAUCAGCCCCAGCAGCAUCAACCCCAGCAGCAUCAACCCCCGCAGCAGCAGCAUCAGCCCCAGCAGCAUCAACCCCAGCAGCAUCAGCCCCAGCAGCAUCAGCCCCAGCAGCAUCAGCCCCAGCAGCAGCAUCAACCCCAGCAGCAGCAUCAACCCCAGCAGCAUCAGCCCCAGCAGCAUCAACCCCAGCAGCAUCAACCCCAGCAGCAGCAGCAUCAGCCCCAGCUGCUCAGGCUAAACGGAGCCUCCCCAAUCAGGCCCUGCUUGAAGACACAUCCUGGACCUGGGCCCGAGGAGAGGGAGGAGAAGGAGGUAGAGUGGGAACGAAGAGCCAGCAACAAGACACAAGACGCUUCAAGAAGAGUAACAGAUGACAAGGUAGUGGAGAAGAAGAAAUCUGAGCUGAAGAUCUCCUACACCUCUAAAGUCAUGAGACACGUCAACAGUAACGGGGAAGCAGCUGGAGCGGAAGUGACCUCAUACCUAGUUGCAGGGAAACUGUCUCCAAGUCGCAGUGGCAGCUUGGGAGGGCAGAGAAAGGAGGAGGUGGAUGGAGAGGUUCCCGUGGGGCUGCUGGAGACAGAGAAGACACCAGGCCAGGGACAGGGCACCCUAGAACAGCUGAGACAGAGACAGCAGGAGGACCAGGAGGAGCUGGAGGAGUUGAACCGCAGGAGAGAGGAGAAAUGCAGAGCCAGGAAGGAGGAGGAGCACCAGAGAGAGAAAGAGGAGCAGCACAGACAGGAGCAGGAGGAGGAGGAGAGGAAGAGGGUGAAAGACGGGUUGGAGAGUAAGAGGAUGUCGGCUUCAGAGAGAAGGAUGAAGAACCUCAGUAUUUCCAGCAUUGAGGGAGACGAGUCCUUCAGUCCCUUCAGUCCCAUCAGCCCCACCUUCAAGAAUGACACCGAGGAGAGGAUGACGUCUGAGAAUACCUGCACGAUCAACGAGAGGACUGAGUCUCUCAACCGCUCUUUGCAGAAAAGUAACAGCAUCAAGAAGACCCAGCCUCCCAUCCCCAUCUCCAAGAUCGACAACAGGCUGGAACAGUACACUCAUGCCAUAGAGACGUCCUCUAAGGAAGCCAAGGCAGCCAGGCAGCAGGCUCUGAUGGACCUGCCCAGCCCCACUGAGCCUGUGGCCUCCAAGAAGAACCUGUUUGAGGCCGGGGAAGCUUGGAGCCAGACCCCCAGGGAAACACCUUCCAAGGAUACAGAGGGUCUGAACGUAGGCGUGGCCGACCUCAUCCACCAAUGGGUGAAAGGGAACCCAGACGGAAGCUGCAAAAGCCUCUCCAAGCCAGCAGAGGUGAAGGCCGGUGAUGUUCUGAGCAAGAAGAACCUCUGGGAGAAUCUAGGAGACUCUUCGCCGGCUGGGAGGGCAGGGAAGGGAGCUUCCUCUGGUAAAAAGUACAAAUUUGUGAUGAUGGCUCACGGCAAGUAUGAGAAGGUUGCCAUCGGUGAUGAUGAUUACAACGAGCACACAAACGGAAAAUCAACUGGACAAUGCCUUGAGGAAUUGUGAAGAACAGACGUUGGAUUAACUUCGACGAUCACUUCACCCCAUAUUUAUCAUUCAUUCCAUUUAGCCGACAUAUUCCUCUUAAAAACAACAUUUAGAUCAACAUUUCUGAAGCAUAUGCAGUAUGUUAUGUGUACCAGUUGAUUUUCUCUAUAGCAACACACUGCCAACCUGGUAUAAAAUUAUUGACAAACGGUCAAAAAUAUACAAUUAUGCAAAAAUAUUCAUGUUUGUACUCAUUUAUUUUGGACAAUCUUAUCCAUGAGGUCUUUUAGUGAAUUUUUUGUUUUCAUUUACUAUUUUGUUAACUUUAAUUUAAAAAAAAUGAAAUAAAGUAAAUGAAUGAG